UACAUUGCUGGUACACGGGUCAGAAGUGUGUGGUAUUGAGAAGGGCCUAGCUAGUGCAGAGACUAUCCGCAAGCGCGUACACAUCUCGGCUGGCCCUACAGCACAGGCUCGCUCUCCGAAAAAAAACUUUUCAACACUCAGUCAACUUGCCACGCAAGAAGAGAGGCCCGCCGAGUCCACUUUUAGAAGCGACCUUGGAGAGAAAAGGGAAAGUCAAAACAAAGACAGCCGCCAUAACCAUCAGGAGAAACUUUCAACGUGAAGAGGGAAUAGCUUAGCAACAGAGUCCCACUUCCUGAGGUGUAACGGAUCAAGCUCCUAACACCGUGGAUAUGGACACGCAGCCACAAGGACAGCAAGCAGCCGUGCCAGUCUUUCAACCCCAGAAACCAUUGCAACCAGACAUGGGCCAUAACUCGCUGGCAAACUUCCAGAUUGAGAAGAAGAUUGGACGGGGCCAGUUCAGUGAGGUGUACAGGGCAAGGUACUUGUUAGACAACACGUCAAUGGCCCUGAAGAAAGUCCAGAUAUUCGACUUGAUGGAUGCCAAAGCUCGGCAAGAUUGCAUCAAAGAGAUAGAUCUCCUUAAGCAAUUGAACCACCCCAAUGUGAUAAAGUACCAUGCGUCUUUUAUUGAGGACAAUGAGCUAAACAUUGUGCUGGAGCUAGCGGAUGCAGGGGACCUCUCACGUAUGAUCAAGCACUUUAAGAAGCAGAGGAGGCUCAUCCCUGAGAGAACAGUGUGGAAAUACUUUGUCCAACUGUGCAGUGCUCUCGAACACAUGCACUCCCGGAGAGUGAUGCACAGAGAUAUCAAGCCAGCCAAUGUAUUCAUCACAGCUACAGGAGUAGUGAAACUAGGAGACUUGGGACUGGGACGAUUCUUCAGCUCCAAAACAACCGCCGCGCACUCACUAGUGGGUACUCCUUACUACAUGUCACCGGAGAGGAUACAUGAAAACGGAUACAACUUCAAAUCUGACAUCUGGUCGCUAGGAUGCCUGCUCUAUGAGAUGGCAGCCCUGCAGAGUCCGUUCUAUGGGGAUAAGAUGAAUCUUUACUCCCUUUGUAAGAAGAUAGAACAGUGUGACUACCCCCCUCUUCCCUCAGAUCACUACUCAGAGGAGCUGAGGAACUUGGUAGAUAUGUGCAUCAACCCUGACCCGGAGAAGAGGCCGGACAUCACCUACGUGUACGACAUUGCCAAACAUAUGCAGAACCUGACACAGGGAAGCUAAGCCCAGAGUUACACACAUAUAGCUUGCAGAACUCCUCCCCACUUCCCUCCUUGCUUUUAAUGCUGGACUCGUACAAAUCUAUCAGCUUUUAUACAAUAACUAACUCCAGAGUGUUGCUCCUUGUGAUAAGUAGUACAUGUAAAAGAUUAAUUGUUAAGGUCAUGGUACAGUCUAUAACAUGAUUGACACCCAUACCUUUUCUGCCCUAGGAUAAAGAUUAGAUUAUAUUUUUUUGUCAGAUGGACCCUUCUAAUACUUAGACUUCAAUAAUGUUACAGCACUGAAAAGCAAGUGUAUUGUAACUCACUAAUAUGUUUAUCUGGAAUGGCUAAAAACCGCGCAUCCUUUGUAUUUAUAUAUAGUGAAGCAAAGUGGUUCUUCAGCAGCUGCUAUGAGCAGAUGCUAUUUAAAGCAGAUAUUGGUAAAUUAGGUGUUUCUUUUCAUCAAAAGAGUUAAUCAAUGCAAAUAUCAGGAACAUAUAAAAAUGACUUUGUAUGGUUUGGUGGCCAUUGUGAAACCUAUGGUCAGCACAAAAAAAGACCAUGAAAUCUUUGAGAACAAUAGUAACAUUGGAGUGAAGAGAUUUUCACUCAAUGGCGGCAAAACUGAGAGACGCAACAAAGGGUUACUGGUGGAAGCGUUCUUGUGUUGCACUUUUUAUCGUGGUACUAGAAGGCUGGCAGGGUGAUCAUGUCUAAUGAAUGUAUUGGGAAAGGAGGGAUCAUUUAGAGGGUAGAGUAGAGACGUGCCGGGGGGAGAACAUGGGCAAAUGUCUCCACAACACUUUGAAUUUUAGUCAUUUUGACACCUGUGUAUUGUCUUUGAAAAAAUCCGAAUGGCUCUGUUUUGACAGCCUAGAAAGAGUUGUAGAAGCUUAAACAAAAGCUGUUUUACAUCUUCUGUUUACCUUAGUCACUGACACCAAAAUACGUCCUCCUUGGCUCAACUUAAAGGGAUAGUUUGGAUAUUUAGAAGUGGGGCUGUAUGAGGCAUUUAUCCAUAGUCAUUGUAUUAACUACAGUAUAUUGUGGCUGGCACGCUCACAGUUUGGAGAAGCAGACAGGAGUACCAAAACUGCUAACGAGGUUUGCAGAAAAAUGUAUUUCAGCCACCUAAAGAUAGAGCACC